CCAGCUGUCUGUUAAUGUAUUGAGGAGCUGAAACUGGGUUCCCUGAUCUGAUGUGAGAUACACAUUGAACUGGCUCCUUUGAAUCUCCUUUUGCGGUAAUUUUCUUCAGGACGCAUUCCCCAACCAACCCAUACCGCAGUGCUCGCCGAUAAUUGUCUUUUAAAGCGCUCCUUGGACCGGACAUUUUGCUUGUACUUAUCUUAGGCUAUGUGCAUAAUUGAUUUUCUUAAUCAACGGUGAACGUACAUUCACAGUAAUUUCCCCAUUGGGAGAAAUGUGAGUGGUCCGUGAGUAAAAUUAACAACUGAAUCGAUUGACGUGAGUUAAAACAAAUCGCAUGCGAUUUUUAGCCAGUCAUUUUGGCACCAGGGCGCAUGGUAAGGGAAAAUGUGAAACUGUAUCUAUCCCAUGCCUUGCUGGCGACGACUGUCGAAGGAAAGGAUGCCCUGUCUCGUUUCUGCUGGAGAAAUAUGGAGAGAAAAAAUACACGUUUUUCGUGUAGCCUAGGCUAAGUGUGGGAUGCUUAGCGGUUUCGCACACUGCCUCCGUGUGUGGAUAUCGUGGGCGACGGUGGCACAAGGAUAGGUAGGCUACGAUUUCUAAUAUAUUUUUUAGAUUCACAUAGAUUCUUUAGAAUCUGCAGCCUUGACAGUCAGCAGGGAUUGAUGUAAGGGGCCGACUGGAUCCAAUAUCAUCACCACCUGUUACCAGAAAAUCAGCUCUUGUGGUCCUUUGAGUCUGGAUCUGAGUGGAACUGCUCCUGAGUCUGCCAUCAGACACACUCCCUAACCAACAUAAGGAUUGGGACAGCACCUUGGCCACAACAACCUGGCCAUAACAACAGCCCAUACACCAGGCCAGUCAGUGCCCAGAGUGGUCCAAAACCAAGCCCACCAUAGGCUAGGCUCCAUCACCAGCUCCAGGUGAGAGCCUGAGUCCCCCCACAGCCAUGCCCAGGGAAGCUCCUCUGCCACAGGUAGAAUCAGUGCUCACCUGCCUGAUUGAUGGCUAGACCUCUACAGACAAAGAGCCGGAGGCCUUUCUACUGAGGGCAGAUUCCCUCACUGUGCCAUAGCACAUGGAUUUCAAGACUUCAAAUGAAGAGACGAAGACUGGGGUUUAUCUGCUGCAAGAUGGUAAGGAGGAGCCUUUCAGUAUUCGACUGCACUUGGCUAAAGACAUUCUGACAAUUCAAGAGCAAGAUGUCAUCUGCGUGUCAGGAGAACCAUUUUAUUCGAGUGAGAGAACUGUAACCAUCAGAAGACAAACGAUUGGAGGUUUUGGCUUGAGCAUUAAGGGAGGCGCGGAACACAAAAUCCCUGUUGUGAUAUCAAAAAUAUCAAAAGAGCAAAAAGCUGAACUGUCUGGGUUGCUGUUUAUCGGAGAUGGGAUCCUCCAGAUAAAUGGAAUCAAUGUUCGAAGCUAUCGCCACGAGGAAGUGGUGCAGGUUUUGCGAAAUGCCGGAGAGGAUGUCACUCUGACUGUUUCUUUCUUGAAGAAGACGCCAGCUUUUCUGAAACUGCCCCUCUGUGAAGACUGCACAUGUGUUCCAAGUGACCAGAGCAGUGGAACGUCCUCCCCUCUAUGCGACAGUGGCUUACACCUGAACUAUCAUCCUAACAACACGGACACACUGUCCUGCUCAUCUUGGCCCACAUCCCCUGGGCUCCGGUGGGAGAAGAGAUGGGUGGACCUGCGCCUUAUUCCUCUCCUCCACUCUCGUCUGUCACAGCACGUCCCCGGCUCUGACGUCUGCAGGAGAAAUGCAUUUCAAGUCAUAGCUGUGGAUGGGGUUUGCAGUGGGGUUAUCACGUGCCCCGCUGCUGAAGACUGCCUAGAUUGGCUCCAAUCAAUCACAACUAACAUAUCAGCUCUCACCAAGCACAAUGUGAAGAAGAUAAACAGAAACUUCCCAGUUAAUCAACAGAUUAUCUACAUGGGCUGGGUAGAUGAGAAGGAGCAGGACUCCGUUCAGGACCGAAUGUAUUCAUCACAGUUCCUUGCCUUGAGGGGUUCCUCACUCUUCAAGUUCUCAGCACCUCCUGUGACUACAUGGGACUGGACGAGGGCAGAGAAAAGCUACACUGUGUAUGAGAUCAUGUGUAAAGUUUUAAAGGACAGUGACCUCUUGGACAAGCGGAAGCACUGCUUCAGUGUCCAAACGGAGUGUGGGGAGGACAUGUUCUACAGCGUAGAGCUGGAGUGUGAGCUGCUCAUCUGGGAGAAGGCCUUUCAGAUGGCUACCUUCCUGGAGGUGGAGAGAAUACAGUGUAAAACAUACGCUUGCAUCAUGGAGAGCCACCUGAUGGGACUGACCGUAGACUUCAGUAUGGGCUUUGUCUGCUUCGAUGCUGCUUCAAAGGCAGUGCUAUGGAGAUAUAAGUUUUCCCAACUGAAAGGGUCCUCUGAUGAUGGGAAGAGCAAGAUCAAAUUUCUGUUCCAAAAUCAGGACAAUAAAGCUAUUGAAGCCAAGGAGCUGGAAUUUUCAAACCUCUUUGCCGUGCUUCACUGUAUCCAUGCGUUCUUCGCUGCCAAAGUUGCUUGCCUGGAUCCAAUGUUUCUGGAGAGCCAAGGUGCUGCGACGACCACGGGGGGGGUGGGUUCCCACUCUCACCAGUGUCUCCUGUAACACACAGACAUCCCAAAUCAAAUACUCUACCUGACAAAGCCUGUACACCCCCUCUCUUUCCCUUCCCCUGAGCACUCCCUCUUGACACUGCACUUUCACUACAUGGUGGACCAGAGAGAAGGAGGAGACGAAACAAACGAGUAUGUUCUACGGUCAUCCAGUGAACAAAGACAUGUGAAUCCCACAUGUAAAUGGAACUAUUAUUGGCAGACCUCUUUCUUUUCUUCCAAGAAAGACACAUUUUAUAUUUUAUCAGAGAAAGGGAUGAUAACUGUGUGCACUUUAGGACCUGUACAUUGCACUGUACUUCAAAUUACUUUCUAAUACGGGGGAGUGAACGCAGAACCAAUGAAUGGAGAAUGGAUGACAAAACAAUUCUCAAUUGAGUUUUUUUGUCUUUGGGUAGGACCUCGGACAUAAUUCACAAUGAUUCACACGUGUUGUUCACACUGCUGAUAACGCAAUCUUAUUUCCACAAUCUUAUUUCCAACUGUUUUCUACAAUAUUGUGUCAUUUUCUUGAAGGUGAGGACUAUGAACAAAUGAAACUGAGGACUAUGAACAAAUUGUUAUCUUCUUCCUGACAAAAAAAGAUUUCAAGACAAUUUGAAUUCUGAUUAUUAUAGCAAUUUUAAGGACAGUCACUAAGUUAAUAUUGCCAACAUUUAUCACGGGAAGUGUUAAUUAGUCAUACAGAAAUGUUAGUAAUUUUUUUCAUCACUUAAACCGAUUGAUUUCCUAAUAAUCAUGAAUAAUUAUUAGAUUCAUGAUUAUUGAAAAGAUGGGAAUGUAAAACUACAGUGUUACAUAACUUAAUAUUUUUUAUUGUGCGGUUGUAUGGUGAAGUUGAAAGCACUUAGUUUUCUCCAGUCUAUGUUAUUUGAUUUAUCUGAAAACAUCCUUUUAAUUCAACAAAUAAACGGUGAAAUGUGUGCACAUUAUGGAUUAUACACACAUGUAUACACUAAUCAACCCUAUGGCACCUUUUAAUUCUGUGUUCUUGUCAUAUAGAUUAUUUUUGUUGCCCCUGAGGUAGUUCCGAUAUGCUAUAAAUCACAAUCAUGUCAAAUUAUAUACAAGUUCCCUUUCAACAGAACAGAAAUGAAUGGAGAAUUGCAGAGAAGAAAUGGCUCAGGUUUUGGAUGUAAGCACAGCUUUUUUAAUGAUGUGGAGGAGAGGAAAGGGAUGAGCGCUGCUAUGGUGAGUCUGUCAGGAUGAGGGGCAGCCGAGAGGUGUUUUUUAAUCAAGGCAUUCAGCGAAGAGUAAUCUCUAACACACCCAACCUGGUCAGGACUCGUUUUAAGGGCGGAUUCACAAUCAUUAAGUCAAUUGAAUCAUUGAGAAGGAUUCAGACUAAGUGCUAGCUACAGCCAACACAGUCAGCCAGAUUCAGAACAUGUGGUUGUGUGAAAAUGUCUUUACCUAUACUCACAGGAAGAUAUUACUCUUAGUACAACCUGCAAAAACUGAAUAAACCCUUUCUGUAAUGUUUUUCUUUCGUUAUCUUUCUUUAAGAUGUAAAUAAAGGUUGACAUCCAAAUGAAUAAAAAGAAAGUAAGGACUAUGUAUAAUAUUACUUGAAAGGAUUAAGACAUUUAUUAAUUGGAUGUCUUCAACAGAGACUAAAUAGUUGGCACCUUUAUGCUCUGUUUACCAAGUGACCAAUGAUGAUGACCCGUGGUGAAUUUUGAAUAUAUAUUUUCUAUAAUAUACUGAACAUGUAGUGUUGGUAACAUGUUUCAUGAGCUGAAAUAAAAGAUCCCAGUAAUGUUC